GGCAGCCGGCGCCCGGGACCCGCGCGGGGACCCCGCUCACCCGCGCGAGCGAGCUCAGGCUGUCCGCAACGCCAGAGGAGCGGGCAGCCCCGGGCACUGCAUGGGCACGAAGGGUCCGUAUGCCAGUGUCCCCCUGUCAUGACAAGGAGCCUUCGACUUUAGGACUACCAACCAGACUCCCAGAAAUCAUGUUGGUAGGAUCCCAGUCCUUUUCACCUGGAGGGCCCAAUGGGAUCAUUAGAAGCCAGUCCUUCGCGGGUUUCAGUGGCCUUCAGGAAAGGCGAUCCAGGUGUAAUUCCUUCAUUGAAAAUUCCUCAGCUCUUAAGAAGCCUCAGGCCAAACUGAAGAAAAUGCACAAUUUAGGACACAAAAACAGCAACCUUCCCAAAGAGCCUCAGCCUAAAAGGGUGGAGGAGGUCUACAGGGCCUUGAAAAAUGGACUUGAUGAAUAUCUGGAGGUUCACCAGACAGAGCUGGACAAGUUGACAGCUCAGUUAAAAGAUAUGAAAAGAAACUCUCGCCUGGGUGUGCUGUAUGACCUAGACAAGCAAAUUAAAACCAUUGAAAGAUACAUGAGACGCCUGGAGUUUCACAUCAGUAAGGUAGAUGAACUCUAUGAAGCUUACUGUAUCCAAAGACGCCUCCAAGAUGGUGCCAGCAAAAUGAAGCAAGCCUUUGCAAAUUCCCCUGCCAGCAAGGCUGCCCGAGAGAGUCUGUCAGAGAUCAAUCGGAGCUACAAAGAGUACACAGAGAAUAUGUGCACCAUUGAAGCGGAGCUAGAGAAUCUGCUGGGGGAAUUCUCCAUCAGGAUGAAAGGUCUGGCUGGCUUUGCUCGCCUGUGUCCUGGAGAUCAAUAUGAAAUUUUCAUGAAGUAUGGUCGACAGAGGUGGAAGCUGAAAGGCAAAAUAGAAGUAAACGGCAAGCAGAGCUGGGAUGGAGAAGAAAUGGUUUUCCUGCCCCUGAUAGUUGGGUUCAUUUCCAUCAAGGUCACAGAGCUCAAAGGCCUGGCAACUCACAUCCUGGUGGGCAGUGUGACCUGCGAGACCAAAGAGCUGUUUGCAGCACGACCUCAGGUGGUGGCUGUUGACAUCAAUGACCUUGGCACCAUCAAGCUGAACCUGGAAAUCACCUGGUAUCCGUUUGACGUGGAGGACAUGACCCCAUCAUCAAGCACUGGGAACAAGGCGGCAGCUCUCCAGAGGAGAAUGUCCAUGUACAGCCAGGGCACCCCGGAAACACCCACCUUCAAAGAUCACUCCUUUUUUUCAAAUCUACCUGAUGACAUCUUUGAAAGUGGAAAGGCAGCUGAGGAGAAAAUGCCACUGUCUCUCAGCUUCAGUGACCUGCCCAAUGGGGACUGCACCCUCACCUCCAACUCAGUUGGCUCUUGCUCCAACUCAUGCUCAGCAAAUCCAGAAAUUACCAUCACUCCUGCAGAGCUGAACCAUAGCAGCCUAUCCUCCCAAAAUGAGGGCACGGAUGACACCAGCUCAGCAUCUUCCAGGACCUCCUUGGGAGAAGGCCAAGAGCCAAAGUCACACCUGAAGGAAGACACGCAGGAGCCUGGGAAACCCACCCUAGCCACGACUGAGGCUUGCUGCCAAUCCACGGGUGCCGGGGUUGAGCGCCUGUUUCUUGAGAAUGGUGUUGCGGAGGCACUUCUGCAAGAGUCCGAUGAGGCCUCUGAACUCAAGCCUGUGGAACUGGACAUGUCUGAAGGAAACAUCACAAAGCAGCUGGUCAAGAGACUCACCUCAGCAGAGGUGCCAGGGGUCACAGAGAGGCUGCUCUUUGAGGGCUCCAUCAGUGGAGAAUCCGAAGGCUGUAGAUCUUUUCUAGAUGGAAGCUUAGAGGAUGCCUUUAAUGGGCUUUUCCUUGUGUUAGAACCACAUAAAGAGCAGUAUAAAGAGUUUCAGGAUCUGAACCAAGAAGUUAUGCAUUUGGAUGAUAUUCUAAAAUGCAAGCCAGCAGUAAGCCGCAGCAGGUCUUCCAGUUUAAGUCUUACAGUUGAAAGUGCUUUAGAAAGCUUUGAUUUCCUGAAUACCUCUGAUUUUGAUGAAGAAGAGGAUGGUGAUGAGGUUUGUAAUGUUGGAGGAGGUGCUGAUUCAGUAUUUUCAGACACUGAGACUGAAAAAAACAGUUACAGGUCAGUUCACCCGGAAGCCAGGGGGCAUCUUAGUGAAGCGCUGACUGAAGACACAGGAGUUGGGACCAGUGUGGCAGGAAGCCCUCUCCCACUGACCACAGGAAAUGAGAGCCUGGACAUCACCAUCGUUAGGCACCUACAAUACUGCACUCAACUCGUUCAGCAAAUUGUUUUCUCAAGCAAAACCCCAUUUGUGGCAAGAAACCUCUUAGAGAAGCUUUCUAGGCAGAUCAAAGUGAUGGAGAAACUAGCAGCUGUCAGCGAUGAGAACAUAGGAAACAUCAGUUCUGUGAUUGAAGCCAUACCAGAGUUUCACAAAAAGCUGUCCUUGCUGUCAUUCUGGACCAAGUGCUGCAGCCCGGUUGGUGUCUACCACAGCUCAGCUGACAGAGUGAUUAAGCAGCUGGAGGCCAGCUUUGCCAGAACUGUCAACAAAGAGUAUCCAGGACUGGCAGACCCAGUGUUUCAAACCCUGGUGUCCCAGAUUCUGGACCGGGCUGAGCCUCUGCUUUCCUCCAGCCUCUCCUCAGAAGUCAUCACUGUUUUCCAGUAUUACAGUUACUUUACCAGCCACGGUGUGAGUGACCUAGAGAAUUACCUGAGCCAGCUGGCCAGGCAAGUUUCCAUGGUUCACACUCUGCAAUCACUAAGAAAUGAAAAACUGCUACAGACCAUGAGUGCCCUUGUGCCUGGCACCCUCCCGGCCCAGCAGGAAGUACUCAGGACUCUGGCUUUGCUGUUAACCAGAGACGACAACGAAGUUAGUGAGGCUGUGACACUUUACUUGGCAGCAGCCUCCAAAAAUGAGCAUUUCAGGGAAAAGGCUUUGCUCUAUUACUGUGAAGCACUAACAAAGACAAACCUCCAACUCCAGAAGGCAGCUUGCCUGGCCCUGAAGAGCCUUGAGGCUACUGAAAGCAUUAAAAUGCUGGUGACACUGUGUCAGUCUGAUACUGAAGAAAUCAGAAAUGUGGCCUCUGAAACCCUCUUGUCUCUUGGAGAAGACGGGCGGCUGGCAUAUGAACAGUUGGACAAAUUUCCUCGAGACUGUAUUAAAGUUGGAGGUCGUCACGGAGCCGAAGUUGCCACAGCCUUUUAAUUACAAGCUAACUCUGGUAACAACCGUCAUAAUAUCUGGCUCUUUUCAUCAAGAUGGUGCUGUGAUUUAGCUAGAAAGUGUUUAGAACUUGAAGAGCCCUGCUGAGAUUGUCUGGAAAUUUAAUAUGUUAUAGAAAGAAUUCAAAGUCCACUUUCACAGUAUCUAUCUACUUUUCCUUUGGCCAAUAGAAUAUAUUCUGUAGAUUACAUUGUUGAUUGUGUCUGAAAAUACUAUGUAAAAGAAUCCAUCUUAUCUUAAUAUGUAUGAAAUUUUAAAAUAGCCAUCUUUGGAAGUUCUUCUAAAGCUUGAAACAGUCGUGCGGUAUUUUGAUAACUAUCAUAUGCCUUGCAGUUUUUCUCUGUCGUGUUCUCAGGGUUGAGGGGCCCCAUUAGCUACCUAAUUUUACUUUAAAUACAAAGCACAAAAAGGAAUUUCUUCAAAUAAAAGUUUGCCUGCAGAACCUGGCAAAAUGACCCCAUCGUAAGAGUUUAAUUUUUUUAUUUUACUUUUUAAACUUCCCACUAUUUCUUUUGUUUCUUUCCUCCAUCCUGAAAAUUCCAAAAUCAUGUUUCCAUUAUGGUAAAAAGAUAGAUAGACAACUAAGAACCACCUUAUUAAGAUUAUACCCAUACUCUUAAAAAAACAAACAGAAAACUCAAAGCUUAAGCUUUUCUUUUUUUAAUUAAAGAGACCCAUUUUUUAUGAUACCCUUACCGUAGAGGUAUUUUGCUGCUAAGACAAAUCAAAACCAAAAGUUGAGGAUUUAAAAAGCUGUGAUGCUCUUUGAGGUGGAAGAACCUGGAAGUUGGAAGAAUCUUAAUGGGGUAGGAGUAGAGGGACAUUAAAAGUGGUCCCUGCUUCUGUUGAAAUGACCUUGAGAUUAGGAAAGAUGCCCUGAAGAGUGGUUACUGUCUCAGAGAAAUCAUUCACCACCAGAUGGAAUAACCCCCUGGCCAAAUAGUUAAAACAACAGCUCUCAUUAUUGCUUCAGUAUCAGGGUAGCAAGUACAUUAAACAAUACAAGACCAUUCAGCAGGUCUUACCAAAUAAGUUUUCUUCCUCUAAAGAAAGAGUAUACAAGGUGGGGUAUGCCAAGGUAUCAAAACAAUAUGUGAGUGUAAUUUAAAC